AGCAAAUUAAGAAGCUAGAGAGAGAAAUGGCAAGUAGUGUGAGAAGGAUAAAUUUGGGUUCGCAAGGUCUGAAUGUAUCAGCGCAGGGACUGGGGUGCAUGGGCAUGUCUGCUGGGCCCUACGGCACUCCAAAGCCAGAGGAAGACAUGAUCGCUCUCAUCCACCACGCCAUCAACGCCGGUGUCACCUUCCUCGACACCUCCGACAUGUACGGCCCCUUUGCCAAUGAAAUCCUUCUCGGCAAGGCUCUGAAGGGAGGGAUGAGAGAGAGAGUAGAGUUGGCUUCCAAGUUUGGCAUUAGCCUUGCAAAUGGCAAGUUAGACAUAUGUGGCGAUCCAGCUUACGUGCGAGCUUGCUGCGAGGCCAGCCUGAAGCGGCUUGAUGUUGAUUGCAUUGAUCUUUAUUACCAACAUCGCAUCGACACUAGCGUCCCUGUUGAAGUCACGAUGGGAGAACUCAAGAAACUAGUUGAAGAGGGCAAAAUAAAAUAUAUAGGUCUAUCUGAGGCCUCUGCUUCAACAAUUAGAAGGGCACAUGCUGUUCAUCCCAUAACUGCUGUACAGUUAGAGUGGUCCUUGUGGACAAGAGAUGCGGAAGAAGGUAUUGUUCCUACUUGCAGAGAACUCGGCAUUGGGAUUGUGGCAUACAGUCCUCUAGGUCGGGGAUUCUUCACUUCAGGUCCCAAGAUGGUUGAAAACUUGUCUUCACGUGACUAUAGAAAGAAUCUACCACGAUUCCGAUAUGAGAAUUUGGAGCACAAUAAAAACAUAUUCGAGAGGGUUAACGAAAUGGCAACAAGGAAGGGAUGCACCCCAUCACAGCUAGCUUUGGCGUGGGUUCAUCACAAAGGGAACGACGUUUGUCCCAUACCGGGCACCACCAGGAUUGAGAAUCUGGACCAGAACAUAGGAGCUUUGUCGAUAAAGCUGACACCGGAAGAGAUGGCUGAACUUGAAUCUUAUGCUUUUGCUGAUGCUGUUAAGGGUGACAGAAAUGACAGCAUUUUAGGAACUUGGGAGAAUUCAGACACCCCACCCUUGUCCUCAUGGAAGAAGAGCACUAACUAAAGAGAUGCCUUUCAGUAUUGAGUUCUAAUGCUGCCUCCUGGGUUCUUUUGGCUUUACAUAUAUAUGUAUCUCCAUAGUGUGAGAAUCUUUUAUACAACAAAACUUGAGAAUUUUUUUCUUUUCUUUACUUUUUUUUCUUUAUAUAUAUAUAAUUUUUUGUCUUUUUAA